AUGAGUUUCGCUGGCCUUCAAAAACGGCUGCAAAAAAAAGCAACAGUUACUGAAACACCAAUGACAGUGCUAAAAAAUGCAGAAACGCCUUCUGUCCCUCUUUCCAAGAGCAAUCUUACGACGUCAACUAAUUCUAUUUAUGAUAUUUCGUUGCAGGAGGUACAGGCAAACCAUCCAGAUCGCAAACGUCAACGAUCUCCUACCAAUGAAACCCCUCCAGUGCCCAAUAAUGCACCCACUGAAGGUGAAUCUCCUGGUAAACGACCUCCUUUAAACUCCUCUCCCUCAAGAGAGACGCAGUCAAAGAAACUCUCAGAAGCAGAGUUUAUGGCACGACGACAAUUAGAGGAAGAGGUAGUUUCUCGUUCUGUGGAGUAUAUGUCUAGGAUUGUCAAUACCCCUUCAUCCUCUAAUAACACAUCAGAUGACAAGCACAAGCUGCAAGCGCAACGUGUUAGCGGUUUACCGCUUCCACUCUGUGAUUUUCUUCAACUACGACUGCAGGAUACAUCUCAUACCACCGCCGUUUCCCUUGUAUCUUGUGAAGAGGAGGAGUAUGAUCUCCUUUCUACAUUAAAGUCUUCGAUGGACAACUUCCACGAAUAUUCUGAGGUGAUGCUUCCUGAGCUUGAGCCUCUUAUUACUAUUUUACGAACCUUUUGGAUUGCACUGUGUUGGCACUGGCUGGGAGCAUUACGAGGCAAUGGAGCAAAUACUGAACGAGGAGGAGGAUGGUCAUAUAAUGUAUAUUUGCUCUCUCGACAUGCAUUGCCUGAUGUUGUACGGCACACACGAGGUCGUGAAGUAGCGUUGGCAUUAGAAGCCUGGCGUGAGGCGUACCGUGUGCGACAGAAUGUGCUUGAUUUCUUGGCGUACGCAUUCCAUGAUGUUGAGGAACUUCUUCAGUUUAGAAGUAAUAGUAAUCGUAAAUCUGAUGAGGUAUCACGAAUCAUUCCAGUAAAAGUUGUGGACAGUCUUUUUCAAAUGGUCCAACAUCUUCGACGCCGUGAGUUUUCAGCGUGUAGGCAAAUAUAUGUAGAUCUUACAAUGGGUACGGCCAACUGGAAAUUGGGUUUAUUUUCAGGAGGAGAGGUUCAUAUGCGACGUUCCAUGGAACGAAUUGAACGACGUCGCAUUGAGCACAUCUUGCAUAAUGAGAGAGCAGUUCAGCUCUUACACGCGUUGCGUGAGUUGAUGGAUUUCAUACAGCAAAACGAAGCAUCUCUUUCACCACACUCUUUUUUUGAUCACGAAAAGAAAAAAGAAGCAAUGGGAUAA